AUUCUUUUUUUUUCUUUUUCUCUUUUCUUUUCUUGUUCUUCUUCCUCCCACUUUGGGUUUGAAGCCCUAGAACAAUACCGGACUGGGUGAGAUAGAGGUAGCCGGACCUCGCCGUUGAAAGUCGACAUCGCUGGACCUCCGUUGAAGACCAACGUCAGUUGAAACACAGAUUGAGAGAAAGAGGGAGAGGAGAUGUGGCGAUAGCGGCAAGCCGACUCUUCUUUGUAAAGUUAUCGUUUCUAAUUCCGUGGUUACUUUUAUUGCUUUAAUUAUUCAGGUACGCGGCGCGCGCUUUUCAACAGCUAGGGUUUUGCUCUCUCUCUCUCUCUCUCUCUCACACACACACACUGAGUGACAGUUAAUCCGUUCGUUCAAGCUGAAAGCGGAAAAGAUAGUGAAAGAAGAACCAAACUCAAACACUUUGGUUGCGAAACUUUUAUCUCGACUUGGAAGCUUGUGAGUUGUCUUAUUAGGAUCCAGAAUGCAGGCGUGUAGUGGAACUGCAGUUAUGGGUUCUGUUCUUUUACAGCCCGUUUGGGCGAAGGGAUCAACUUUCGUAGCGAAAGGGUCCUUUUUCUACGGAUGCCCUCAUCAAGUUAAAAUCGCUUCUGUUAAACCUUGUAGAUCUUCUCAACUUGAAGGAAGUUUGGUCACUGGGAGGCCUCCCUCUUCCGUGUCCGUCUCUGUGCCUGAAAUUGGAGGUAGUGAGAGCAGCUUUAUAGACCAUGGGCUCAGUGAGGCUGAUCCUCAUGUUCGCACAAUUAUUGACAAAGAAAAGCAAAGGCAGUUUAAAAGUUUAGAGCUUAUUGCCUCAGAGAACUUCACAUCCCGGGCAGUGAUGGAAGCAGUUGGUUCUUGCCUCACAAAUAAGUAUUCUGAAGGGCUACCGGGCAAAAGAUACUAUGGUGGCAAUGAAUUCAUUGAUGAGCUGGAAACUCUAUGUCAAGAAAGGGCUUUGGCUGCAUUUCACUUAGAUGGAAAGAAGUGGGGUGUGAAUGUUCAACCAUUAUCUGGGUCUCCUGCUAAUUUUGAGGUUUACACUGCACUUCUUAGUCCACAUGACCGUAUAAUGGGUUUGGACUUACCUCAUGGGGGGCACUUGUCUCAUGGUUUCAUGACUCCUAAAAGGCGGGUAUCAGGAACAUCCAUUUAUUUUGAAUCUAUGCCUUAUAGGCUCGACGAAUCUACAGGCAUUGUUAAUUAUGACAUGCUUGAGAAAACAGCUAAUCUUUUUCGGCCCAAACUCAUUAUUGCUGGUGCUAGUGCCUAUCCUCGGGAUUUUGAUUAUCCUAGGAUGAGAAAGAUUGUAGAUGCAGUUGGUGCUUUUCUCAUGAUGGAUAUGGCUCACAUAAGUGGACUUGUUGCUGCUUCUGUGGUUGCUGAUCCUUUUGAGUAUUGUGAUGUUGUGACGACCACAACACACAAGUCCUUGAGAGGGCCUAGAGGUGGCAUGAUCUUCUUCAAGAGAGAGCCUGUUCUGGGUGUUGAUUUAGAAUCUGCUGUCAACAAUGCUGUUUUUCCCGGGUUGCAGGGUGGUCCUCAUAACCACACAAUUGGGGGGCUUGCAGUCUGCCUGAAUUAUGCUCAAUCCCCAGAGUUUAGGGCAUAUCAGAAUAAGGUGGUUUCUAACUGUAGAGCUCUUGCAAACCGCUUGAUUGAGUUGGGAUACAAAUUGGUUUCAGGAGGGACUGAUAACCAUUUGGUUCUUGUUGAUCUGAGACCAUUAGGUAUUGAUGGGGCUCGUGUGGAAAAAAUUCUUGACAUGGCAUCCAUCACCCUUAACAAGAAUUCAGUACCUGGUGAUAAAAGCGCACAAGUGCCUGGCGGGAUACGCAUUGGAUCCCCUGCUAUGACCACCAGAGGUUUCACAGAGAAGGAAUUCAUAGCAACGGCAGAUUUUAUUCACGAGGGUGUAAAAAUUGCCCUUGAAGCAAAGAGGUCUGUCUCGGGUUCAAAGCUCCAAGAUUUCAUGAAGUUUAUAGGGUCUCCAGAUUUCGCUCUAAUGGAUCUAGUGGCUGAACUGAGAAUGAGAGUUGAGGCUUUGACAACACAAUUCCCGUUACCUGGGUUAUGAGAGAGAGGUUGGAUUGCACAGAUUUCUCUAGAGGGUGACAUCGGAAGAAGUGUGAUGGUGUCCUGCUUGUGAAACUAAUAAAGUAUCUAAAUGGAUAGCUGUAUGAUGCACAAUUUUGGAAAGUUGGGAUAACUAUACUUGGUGCUCAACUUUGUUGUCUCGGAAAAGCAGAGAAUUCUGCAUCUUUUGAUCGCAAGGAUUAUGAGUUCAGUUUUGUAUUUUCUUUGUUUUGGUACUUCUUUCUUCUGCUGUUUUGUUUGGUAAGGACCAUAAGGUUGGGGGUCUGUUUUGAUACUCAAAUUUGAAGCAUCUAUUAGUCACCUGCGUCUUUUCUUA